GAUCGGCUUCUCCUGAGAGUUCUGCGCGCGAUACGAGACUUCCCCUCGGCUGGGGUGGUGGGGUCUCUGCGAGGUUUGGACGAUGCAAAUUGGCUUGGCCCUCAACCCCUGAAGGGGAAGUGUGGCAGGAGGACGUGGCCCCUCCCUCUCCCUGCUUUGAACCCCUCGGACAUGUGGAGCGCCGCCUGGACUGCGCACAGGAAACUGCCGUGACUUUCAGCCGGUCUCGGAGGCUGAGGCGGGGCCGGAAUCAAAGGAAAGAUAAUGGAAAUAUCAACACUUCUGGCAGAAAAAGAGGAGCUGGAAUUAAAAAUUCAGGAGCUUACAAAUAAAAAUCUACAAUUGGCCAAAGAAAAAGAGAAACUUUGCGAAGAGUAUGAAGAAAAGCUGAGCAGAAAAAAUAGUUCAGAUGAGUCUGGGCAGCUGGAAAAACUCAGACGAGAGAAUGAGAGUCUCAGCUGCAAGGUGCAGAAAUACGCUGAAGAAAAAGCAGAGCUCCUACGAGAAAAUAAUGACCUCAAAGACGAACUUUAUCGAAAGACAGCAGUGAUGUCAAAAAUGACAUUAGAAAACAAAGAGCUCCAAAAUAAGGCCGAGAUGGUGACAUUCAAAAACCUUGAAUUGACUGAUGAGAAAGAGGAGCUCUGCAGAAAGUAUGAAGACUGUGGAGGUGAGAAAUUUGUAGAUCGCCACCACUAACUUCUUGUUCCAGAAUUUCAUAUUAGGUUCUCCUUAUCUUAGAAAGCUUGGAAAAACCUACAUUUUCCUUACUUUAGAAAGAAAUGAAUGAAUUAUGGCUCAUUAUACUUUUACAUAUACAAAUCUCAGGAGUUAGUCUCAUGGAAGUGAAUGGGAAGAUAUGAAUAGGAGAGAUCUUUCAACCUCCAAUCCCACUACCCAACAAUAUUUAUAUACUUUGAGAGUGAGAGUUUCCUGACGUCAAAGCAGUUCCCAUUAUUUUUAACUAAGAAUGCUUUGUUGUUGGUCCAGAUUCACAGCUAACAUUCUGAUUUUUUCCAGAGAGACACAGCUGAGGAAGGGCUGCUGCACCUUCUUGAUGGGCAGAGACCGGAUGGACCAGAGACCUGGCAGUAGUGAGUGCAAAAGAGGCGCUGUGAGUGUCUGCCAAACAAGUGCAGAUGUUGCAGAAAACAAGACAGAAGCGCAAGAUAAAAUGAAGCCUCAAAUGGAAUCUCAGUUAAAUAAGAAAUGGCUGAAAGCUUCAGUGGACAACCUCAAAAUAAAAAAAUCUAAGGAACCCGGGCCAAAUAUCCUGAGGUGGCUUCAGCAAUCGCUGAAAGUCCUGAAAGAGGAUUCCUCUGAACAGUACACCCUGCCAGAAUGGCUUAAAGCAUCCAUCAGCAACCUCCCGAAGGAAUGUGCUGAGGCAUCCAGGGAGGAUGUGAAUGGUUGGCUAGAAGCAUCGAUAAAUCAUCUCCAAGAAGAAGGGCCAGAAACCUGUGAUUUAGAUGUUCAGGGAAGGCUUGAAGCAUCUAUUGUAGGCAUUCAACAUCUACCAAAGUCCAAGUCAAAGUUUCGACGAAGCCGAAUAAAAGGGAUGGCUUGAAAAAUCAAUAGAGAACUUCAAGAAGCAACGUCCUGAAGGAUCUGUGGUGAAUAUAUUAGAAUGACUUCAAGGAUCCUUAGAAAGCCUGUCACUUUCUGGAGAACCUAGACCAGUUCUUGAAAAAUGGCUUCAACAAUCCUUGAAAAACCUGCAAGAGGAAGGUCCUGAUGUAUCUAAACAAGGUGCCCCAAAAUGGGUCAAAAUAUCUAUAAAGGAUCUUGAGGAAGAAGGACUUAAAACACCACAUCUAGAUACUCAGGAAUGGCUUGAAGCCUCUUUUAAAGGCAUUCGGGAUCUACAGAAGUCCACGGUGGAGAUGAAAAGAACUCUGAGGAAUAGAUGGAUUGAAAAAUCGAUAGAAAACCUCCAGAAGCAAUGUUCUGAAGGACCCGUGGAAAAUAUAUUACAACGGCUUCAGGGAUCCUUUGAAAGCUUUUCAUUUUCUGAAGAACCCAUACCACUUCUGGAAAAAUGGCUUCAGCAAUCCCUGAAAAACUUGGAAAAGGUGCUGAAACAUACAAGAUGUCAAAAAAUGGCUUGAAAUAUCUAUUAAGGAUCUUGAGGAAGGACCUAAAACACCAUACUUAGACACUCAGGAAUGGCUUGAAGCCUCUAUUAAAGGCAUUAGGGAUCUACAGAAGUCCUUCAAAUCUUUGCAUAGUCCUAUCAAGUUCACACAUUAAACACAACGUUCAUAAUUUCUACACUGACAAUGCGAUUGGCGGUUUUAUCAGACAAGUGAUGAAAAGUAUAUUCUAGAAAAGCAUUCUAGAUGCCAGAGAUACCAUUGGCACCUCAGAUUCAUAAUUUGCAGAACGACAAUGGAAAUGUCAAAACUGCUGACAGAAAAAGAGGAGCUGGAAUUAAAACUUCAGGAGUUUCUAAAUAAAAAUCUCCAACUGGAACUCUGAAAAGAGUAGGAAGAAAAGCUGAGCAGGUGAGAAAGUUUAGAUAGCAACCCUGAAUUUCUCUUCCUUUCUCAGCUAUUUCAAUUAGUUUUCGUUUUAAACCAGUUUUAUGAUUCAAAUAAAAAAACCUAAGGGGGCUAUUUCACUCUGCUCUUGACAUUUUACAGGAAAAGGAGCUCAGGUGAGCCUGGGCAGCAAGACAAGCUUGGAGAGAAUAAGAAUCUCAGCUCCAAGGUUAAAAAAUAGGCUGGAGAAAAUCCACAACUCCUAUGGGAAAAUAAUGACAAAGAAGAAUUUUAUAGGUGAGAAAUAUUUAGAUAGAGCUUGACGUUCUCUUUCAAACUGAAAUUUAUUUAUUAGAGCUCUUAGGCCAGAUAUACUGGAUAAAAGAAAGAUUCCGUUCUUUCAUAUGUAUCUAUAGGUGAAUAAGAGAAGAGCAAUAGAUAUAAAGGAAUGCAUAAAUAAUGAGGAAUGUAGGUAUGCUUAGGAAUUCAAGUAAAAAAAGGCUAAGAGGGCUAAUAUCUCUCUGGUCCACAUAAUUUACAGAAAGAGAGCAAUGGUGUCGAAACGUGACAUUAUAAAAUGAAAAGCUCUGAAUCAAGACUGAGAUGCUGACGUUCAAAAAUUUUGAAUUGACUGACGAGAAAGAGGAGCUCUGCAGAGAGCACAAAGAAAGACUACAGAGAUGAGAAAUUUUUAGAUUGCCACCAUGAACUUCCUGUUCCAGAAUUUCACCUUAGGUUCUCCUUAUCUUAGAAAGAUUGGACAAACCUGACAUUCUCCUUACUUCAGAAAGAAAUGAAUGAAUUAUGGCUCAUUAUACUUUUGCAUAUUCAAAUCUGAGGAGUUAAUCUCAUGGAAGUGAAUGGGAACAUAUGUAUAGGAGAGAUCUUUCAAUCUCCAACCCCCACUGCCCAACAAUAUUUAUACACUUACACACAAGAGUGAGAGCUUCCUGACAUCAAAACAGUUCCCAUCAGUUUUUAACUAAGAAUACUUGGUUGUUUGUCCAGAUUCACAUCUAACCACCUGAUUUUUCCUAGAGAGACACGACUGAGGAAGGGCUGCUGCACCUUCUUGAUGGGCAGAGACCAGAUGGAGCAGAAACCUAGCACUAUAGAGAGCAAAAGAGUCUCUGUGAGUGUCAUUACAGAAGACAAGACAGAAGCUCAAAACAAGACGAAGCCUCGAAUGGUGGAACAUCAAUUAAAUAAGAAAUGCUUAAAGCUUCGGUAGACAGCCUCAAAAGCAAAACAUCUAAGAAACUCGAGCCAAAUAUCCUGAGGUGGCUUCAGCAAUCUUGAAUGACUUCAAGGAUCCUUAGAAAGCCUGUCACUUUCUGGAGAACCUAGACCAGUUCUUGAAAAAUGGCUUCAACGAUCCUUGAAAAACCUGCAAGAGGAAGGUCCUGAUGUAUCUAAACAAGCAAAACAGCAAAAAUAGAGAAUAGAUGCGAUAGACAAAGCCAAGGAUUUCUAUGCGGAAUUUUUUAAAGAGAAAGGAAGUACAAGUGCUGAUGUCUCACUGAUUGAACUACAAGAGUCAGAAUUACUAGCUCUCCUUGAGAAAGAAGGUGGUGCUGUGGGAGGUGAGGUUGAAGUUAAACCACGUCGAGAACCUAGAUCCAGCAGAGCGAUAAAUCCUAACUACAAAGCAUAGAAAUAGAAGAGAGAAAAUGGAUAUCAAUAAACAUAAAUGGACUAAAUUCGGCUACUAAGAGGAGGAAAAUAUUUGAAAAAUUGAAAUUGGAUAUAACAUGCUUGCAGGAAGUACAUAUUAAAAAACAACAUGAACAAAUAUUGAUUCAACCUAAAUUAGGGAAAGUCUUUACCUUAUUACCACAAUGUAAGAAAAGAGGCAUAGUUAUAUAUAUAAAAGAGACACUUAAGGCAAAGUUGAUAUAAUUAGAUGAGAAUGGGAGAAUUUUAAUGCUGGAAAUAAUAGAUGACAAUACAAAAACGCUCUUAAUAGCAAUAUAUGCUGCUAACGAAAAUCAAGAAGAAUUUUAUAAAAAAUUGCACAUGAAGAUACUUGAAGUGGACUAUGAGAAUAAUUGUAUCCUUGGUGAUUUUAAUGGUGUAGUUGACGUAAAAAUGGACUAUAAAACACAAAAAACAACCAGGCAAAAUAAAAAAACCCUUCCGAGAUCCUUUUUUAUUCAUUCAUUCAUUCAUUUAUUUAUUUAUUUAUUUAUUUAUUUAUUUGAUUUAUAUACCACCCUUCUCCUCAGGACUCGGGGCUGUUUACAGCCAAAUAAAAACAAAUAUCACAAAAAUUAAGAAACAUUUUAAGAAGCUAAUUCAAUCAAGCCAAAACAGACUAAAACUAUAGUAAAACCCCCGUUACAACUACAUUAAGAUAGCCCUGCGCGAUGAAACAAAAAAGUCUUUAGCUUGUGUCGAAAGGUCCGGAGGUCAGGGAGUUGACGUAUCCCCGGAGGCAGCUCAUUCCAGAGGGCAGGAGAAGGCCCUCCCCCUGGGGGUCACCAGUCGACAUUGUUUGAUUGAUGGCACUCUGAGGAGACCCUCCCUAUGGGAGCGCACGGGUGGAUGGGAGGCUAUUGGUAGCAGCAGGCAGUCCCGUAAAUAAGCCGAUCCUAUGCCAUGGAGCGCUUUAAAGGUGGUAACCAACACCUUGAAUUGCGGAAGACCCGGAAGACCACCGGAAGCCAGUGCAGCUUGCGCAUGAGAGGUUCUACAUGGGAGCCUCGAGUUACUCCCUCUAUUACCCGCGCAGCCGCAUUCUGGACCAGUUGAAGCCUUCGGGUGCUCUUCAAGGGGAACCCCAUGUAGAGAGCGUUACAGUAGUCCAGGCGGGAAGUGACGAGGGCGUGAGUGACCGUGCAUAGGGAAUCCCGGUCUAGGAAGGGACGCAACUGGCGUAUCAGGCAAACCUGAUAAAAAGCUCCCCUGGCGACGGCCGUCAAAUGGUCUUCUAAAGACAGCUGUACAUCCAGGAGGACGCCUAGAUUGCGCACCCUCUCCAUUUAAAAUGGUAGAGGAAUUGAACUUAAAAGAUGUGUGGAGAGAAAGGAAGAAAGAGAAUAGACAGUACGCUUUUUAUUCUAAUAGACACUUGUCAUGGUCCAGA